AUGGACAGGCACGUCCGGCGGCUGCUGAACCGCGUGGCGAUCGCCCUGGCGGCCGUGGCCACCGCCGCCCUGCUGCACCUGUUCCGCUCCCCGUCCGCCUCCUGCUUCGGCGGCUCGCUCGCCCAUUCCUCCCUCUCGCUGUCGACGGCGCCCUUGCCCCGCACCUCCUGCGACGCCGCGUCCCGCCGCGUGGUGGACCCCGACACCCGCCUGGCCAAGCUCCGGUCCUCCCCGCGCUGGAAGCGGCACAACGCGGCCCUCUCCGCGUCCGUCAUCGAUCCGCUCCGCCGGCUGCGCCUCCUCGGUAGGUCCUCCCGAGUUCUCUGCCUCGCCGCCGGAGCGGGGCAAGCGGUCGACGCGCUCCGCGUGGCCGGCGUGGGGGACGUCACCGGCGUUGAUCUCGUUGACUUCCCUCCCCUCGUCCGCCGUGCGGACCCGCACAACCUCCCGUUCUUCGACGACGCCUUCGACCUCGUCCUCUCCAGCGACCCGGCGGCCUUCACCGGCGCGCUCUUCCCGUCCAGGUUCGCGUCUGAGAUCGAGCGCACCGUCCGCCGUGGCGGCGCGAUCGCGGUUGCUGUCGACCGGCGCGUCGACCUGAACGUCGUCGCCUCCAUCUUCAGAAAGUCACGCCUCGUCGAUGUGAGGAAUGCUACCUUUGAUGUCUCCGCGACCAGCAUAGUAAUCCUCAGCGCCAACUCGGAGCGCCAUUGAUUCCAUUUGUUUCUUUUGGACAAUAUUUAGGUUCGAUAUCAAAGAGAAGAUUACUUUGGCUAAUAAGAAGAAAAUUGGUUAUUUGCCAUUUUCAAUACAUGAUUUCGCAAAAUUGCCACUUUCAACGUUGGCUUUGCAAAAUUGUCACUC